CGCGGCUGCCCAGUACGUACAUAAUGCCUGUCGAGCGUCUCUCAUUCACAGUGCGCUGGUUGCCGGAGAGCCUUGCUGCUGAUUAGAGCAAGACAGGUGGUCUUUCCCACCGUCUGAAUUUCUGACAUCUGAGUGGCUGCUAGCAGAUGGGUGCGAUGCGAGUGUACACGCUGCUGCUAUGGCUGGUAGUGCUGCUGAUGUCGGUGACUGCUAACAGCGUACCCGUCUACCUGCGAGAUAAGCCUCGCUCGAUACGAGGGUUCAAGAAUCAUGCUCUGUCCACGGCUCGAGGAUUUGGCAAGCGAUCGGAUUCAGAACUUUCUUCCUCUGAAACCUCCCAGUUCACCGACAGAGACAGUUUUCCAGCAGAUUGGUUCGCCAGUGAGGUGCAGAACAACGGAGAGUUGGCAAGACUGGUCGUGCACAAGUUUAUAGACACCAACCAAGACGGUGAAUUGUCUGCAGACGAGCUGCUGAGGCCCUUGUACGGACCCCCGACUACCACCUAUAAGUAGAGAACAGCGGCCGAGCCCGGAGACCGGAUUGUAACACCAUCUUGGGAUGAUUCAAAUUUGAAUGUUUGUGUUUGGACAAGUGCUGCUACUGUCAAAAAUUUACAAAUCAAUAAAUCUGUCAAAUCCAAUACCCAUAACUGUUUCACCAGAGCAAAAUUGUAAAUAAUAUACAAUACAUUUGUAUUACUCCCUAUGUCUUAUAUUAAUAUUGACUUAUUGAAAAAAUACUCCUAAACUGGAAUAUAUUUAUAGUGAAUAGUACCGGAGAAGAAUUCAUUUAACAUACAUUUUUAAUAUGAUACUUUUGAAAGGUAAUUUCUGUUUAAAAAAUAUGUUUACACACUUUAGAUCUGUAAAAAGAAUCAAAUCAGUUUCCCUACAGGUCAAUACAAUGCAAAUAAUAUAUUUUUCUGUUCAUAAAAAUAGUUAAAUUUGUUAUAAAUAAAAUGGUUAUAUGUGUACCCGUUAAAUACGAGUACAGUUAGGUGUUAAAACAUUGAUAUAAAAUGUUUAAUUUGGUGUUAAAGAUUGGUUAUUGUUAAAAGAACAUUUUUGUGUGACGCAAAAGUUAAGGCCGACUUGUUAUAAUGAGGCCUACAGUUCUGUACCUUUUGUAUAAAUCUAUGAAGAUAGCUGGUCUCCUGGGGAAGGAUCGUCAGGCCUACCAGAUCUCGAAGAAAUUAAAGGUCCCAUUUUGAGCCCUAGGACCUCCGUCCCUCCCGAACCUUGUACAUAGUCACUGUCUUGUUUUACUGACUGUCUUCAAGUCUAUUGUAUUGUUUACACGUCUAUGUAAAUGGAUCAUUGUUUUGAACAAUAAAUUACAUUGUCUCGUUACCAAGCUGCAGAA